AUGUUUCCAAGAGUCAAUUUGGCUGUCACACACUGGGUACGGAAGAGCAUGAGAAAGUCCUAUCUUUUACUUUGUCUCGUAUUGCUCCUAACAACGCAUUUGGAAGGUAAAAAGGGUAAUCAGUUCAUCUGGAAACCAGGUCCAUGGGGGAGAUGUACAGGUAACUGUGGACCAGGAGGUAUUCAGACUCGAGGAGUGUGGUGCUUUCACCUAGAAGGUUGGACAAGUCUUCUGUCAAACUGCGAAGAGGCUGAUAAACCUGAAAAGGAGAGAAGCUGUUUUAGAGUAUGUGACUGGCACGGUGAACUCUUUGAGUGGGAGGUGUCAGAGUGGCAGAUUUGUGUGCUGGCUCCAGUUCAUGGUGAAGUCAGACCCAGGACUUCUGAGUGUGUGACAGCCCAGCAUGGACUCCAGCACCGGACAGUACGUUGUAUUCAAAAACUGAACCGAACUGUGGUUAUCAGUGAAAUCUGUGAAUAUUUUGCACCUCAGCCACCCACAGAACAAGCUUGCCUCAUUCCUUGUCCCCGGGAUUGUGUUGUGUCUGAGUUCUCACCGUGGUCUGUGUGCAGCAAGGGGUGUGGGAAGAAGCUGCAGCACAGGACUAGAUCAGUUAUUUCCCCUCCACUCUAUGGAGGUGUGAUGUGUCCAAAUCUCACGGAAUCGAGAGCCUGUGACUCUCACAUCCCCUGUCCUCUUGGGGAAGAGGAAUACAUAUUUAGCCUUAAAGUUGGACCUUGGAGUAAAUGUAGACUGCCUCAUCUUAAGGAAGUUAGUUUAAGCGGAAGGACUAUUCUGGACUUUAGCUCUGACUCAAAAGAGCGGGUCACUUAUAAGCACCAAAGCUCUAAGCCUCAUCAUCAUUCCAAGUCAUGGGAUAUAGAAAUAGGUUAUCAAGCAAGACAGGUUCGGUGUACAAGAAGUGAUGGGAAAAAUGCGAUGUUAAGCCUUUGUAUGCAAGACAACUUCCCUUUGACCUUUCAGUCCUGUGUCAUGCCAAAAGACUGUGAAACCACAGAAUGGUCAUCAUGGAGUCACUGCUCCAAGACUUGUCAAUCAGGGGAUCUUUCCCCAGGAUUUAGGAGCAGGAGCCGGAGUAUAAAACAUAUUGCCCUAGGAGGAGGACAGGAAUGCCCUGAACUACAAGAAAAAGAGGCCUGCAACCUGGGAGGAGAACUUCUGCAGCCAUGUUCUAGGUAUUCAUGGAAGACCUCUGAAUGGAAAGAAUGCCAAGUCACUCUUCUUCUGGAGCAGCAAGAUCCCCAUUGGCACACAACUGGACCCCUCUGUGGAGGUGGGAUUCAAACUCGGGAAUCUUACUGUGCCCAGAGUACCACAGACUCUUCAGGACAGCGAUCAAAGGAAGUGUCUAGGCCUGUGGACAAGAAAUUAUGCCCAGGACCUGCUCCUUCGACCUCUCGGCUGUGCAAUGUUCCUUGCUCUACAGACUGCAUGGUCUCUUCCUGGUCAGCUUGGGGUCUUUGUGUUCAUGAAAACUGUCAAGAUCCUCAGGGGAAAAAAGGGUUUAGAUUGAGACGGCGGCAUAUCCUCAUGGAAUCCACAGGACCUGAUGGGAAUUGCCCACAUUUGGUGGAAUCUGUUCCUUGUGAUGAUCCGAUGUGCCAUCGGUGGCUGGUUUCAGAGGGUGUCUGUAUUCCUGAUCAUGGAAAAUGUGGCUUGGGACAUCAUAUUCUGAAAGCUGUCUGCCAGAAUGAUAGAGGAGAAGAAGUAUCAGGCAAUCUCUGUCUGGCGCCUCCUCCUCCAGAACGGAUGGCUUGUGAAAUACCCUGCCGAAUGGACUGUGUGGUUAGUGAGUGGGCAGAGUGGUCAGCCUGUUCCCAGUCCUGCUCUAAUAAAAACACAGAGGGGAAGCAGACAAGGACCAGAACUAUACUGGCACUGGCAGGAGAUGGUGGAAAACCAUGUCCUCCUCUUCAGGCCCUACAAGAAUAUCGUUUGUGCAACGAUCAUUCUUGCACAUAUUUCUAUUGGGAGACAUCGCCUUGGGGUUCCUGCUCUGAAGAUGCUCUGGUAACAGCCCUUAAUGCAACCAGUACCUGGAGUGGAGAAGCUACCUGUGGGGUGGGCAUUCAGACUCGCAAGGUUUUCUGUAUGAAAAGUCACCUGGGGCAGGCCAUGAUUAAAAGAUGCCCAGAUUCUAUCCGACCUGAAACAGUGCGUCCUUGUCUCCUCCCAUGCAAAAGAGAUUGUGUUGUGACACCUUUCAGUGAAUGGACUCACUGUCCCACUUCAUGCCAACGAGAAAAUGGCACAGUAAUUAAACAGUCCCGAUAUAGGAUCAUCAUUCAAGAAUCUGCAAAUGGAGGACAAGAAUGUCCAGAUACCUUGUUUGAAGAAAGAGAAUGUGAAGAUGUUAUAUAUUGUCCUGUAUACCGGUGGAAGCCUCAUAAAUGGAAUUCAUGCAUUCUGGUGCCAGAGUCUGUCAGGCAGGGGAUGAUGGUCAUCAGUGAAGCUUGUGGAAAGGGUUUGCAAACAAGAGCUGUCACGUGUCUCUCUGAUGAUAACCAGUCUGCAGAAAUGAUUGACUGCCUUAAGUGGGCAGGGGACAUACCUACCCUUGUGCAAGAGUGCCACGUCCCCUGCCGAGAUGACUGUAUGUUCACUCCUUGGUCAAAAUUCACCCCAUGCUCAACAGAUUGUGACACAGUGAGGACCCGCCGCCGACAGUUGACAGGGAAAAGCAGAAAGAAGGAAAAAUGCCAGAAUGCUGAAGUUUAUCCCCUUGUUGAAACUGAAGCAUGCCCCUGUGAAGUAUUCACAUACCAACCCCACGGAAACUGGUCUGAGUGCAUUCUUCCAGAAGGCAAAAAGGAGCCUCAGAGGGGCAUGAGGUUGCGUGGAGACACUAAAGCCUGUGGAAAAGGCAUGCGCUUGCGAGCCAUAGUUUGCUCUGACAAAAAGGGAAGGCUUGUUGACCCAUCUUACUGCAGCAGCUCUGGUUACAUUGAAGAAGAAUGCAUCAUUCCUUGUCCAUUUGAUUGCAAAUUAAGUGAUUGGUCUAAUUGGGGAUCUUGCAGUUCAUCCUGUGGGAUUGGAGUGAGAAUCCGUUCCAAAUGGCUGAAAGAAAAACCUUACAAUGGAGGCCGUCCAUGUCCCAAGCUGGAUCUCAAGAAUCAGGUACAUGAGGCAGUCCCAUGUUACAGUGAGUGCAAUCAGUAUUCGUGGGUUGCAGAACACUGGUCUCCAUGCAGAAUCAACAGUGAGCUAAGGGCUUUCCGUUGUGGAGAAGGAAUACAAACUAGAAAAGUCAGAUGUGUAAAUGCCACAGAUGACAGUGAAGGCAGCAGGGUGGACAGUGCCCUAUGCAAUCAGGCUGAAAUUCCUGCAGAAACCCAGUCAUGUUCACUCCUCUGCCCCAAUGAGUGCGUCAUGUCUAACUGGGGACAAUGGAGCAAAUGCCCACAGUCAUGUGAUCCCCACUCUAUGCAAAGAAGAAGUCGCUAUCUCCUAAGACCUCCACUUAGCUCGAGGACCUGUGCUGAAGACUCACAAGUACAACCUUGUAUUCUUAAUGAAAAUUGUUUCCAGUACCAUUAUAAUAUAACAGAAUGGAGCAUGUGCCAACUGAGUGAAAAUGCGACCUGUGGACAAGGUGUCAGGACACGGCUUUUGAGCUGUAUGCGUAGUGAUGGAAAGACAGUCAGUAUGGACUACUGUGAACAGCAAAACUUGGAAAGACCUAUGAAAAUGAGCCUCCGAUGCCUAGUGGAAUGUGCAGUGAACUGCCAGCUCUCAGAAUGGACCACUUGGACUGAGUGCUCACAGACCUGUGGCGAUGGAGGUCGAAUGAGCCGGACACGGUUUAUCAUUAUGCCAGCUCAAGGAGAAGGACGACCCUGCCCCACGCAGCUUACCCAGCAGAAAACCUGUCCUGUGAAGCCCUGUUACAGUUGGGUAAUGGGGGACUGGUCAGCUUGUAAAUUGGAGGGUGGAGACUGUGGUGAUGGAGUUCAAGUUCGAAACCUCUCCUGUGUGGUCCACAAUGCUUCAGCUUCUCCCACUGCCAAACAAGUAGAAAACACAUUAUGUGGAGAGCUGGUCCCCCAAGACAGUGUCCUACAGCUGCCUUGCUCUGUGCCUUGCCCAGGUGAUUGUCAUUUGACAGACUGGUCAGAGUGGAGUACUUGUGAAUUAACAUGCAUUGAUGGCAGAAGCUUUGAAACUAUGGGUCGUCAAUCUCGUUCAAGAACGUUUGUAAUUCAGUCAUUUGAAAACCAAGACAACUGUCCUGAACAGGUGUUAGAAACUCGCCCUUGUACAGGCGGAAAAUGCUAUCACUACAUAUGGAAAACCAGUCUUUGGAGAAACAAUGAGCGUACGGUUUGGUGCCAACGCUCAGAUGGUAUUAAUGUCACAGGUGGCUGUUCUGCUCAGUCACAACCUGCUUCAAUAAGACAAUGUAAUCCAGCCUGCAGAAAACCUUUCUCCUAUUGUACACAGGGUGGAGUCUGUGGCUGUGAGAAGGGCUAUACCGAGAUAAUGAGAUCAGAUGGUUUCUUGGAUUACUGCAUUAAAAUACCAGGCUCAGAGGAUAAAAAAGCAGAUGUUAAAAAUUUUGCAGCAAAGAACAAACCUGUGAAUUCCAAAAUACAUGAUAUUUUCAAAGGAUGGUCACUUCAACCUCUUGAUCCAGAUGGCCGAGUUAAGGUCUGGGUUUAUGGUGUUUCUGCUGGUGGUUUUCUCCUCCUGAUUUUCCUGAUAUUUACAUCUUAUCUUGUUUGCAAGAAGCCAAAACAACAUCAAAGCACACCUCCCCAACAGAAGCCUCUCACCUUAGCCUACGAUGGAGAUUUAGACAUGUAA